AUGGCAUGGGAUCACUUGGACAUCGAUCGGCCGCAUCUGGCCUAUAUGAUCCUGGGCGGUUUCACAGGCCUGUUCAUGCUGUGCUCCUUGUUCGUCAAGGAGAAGCUUUACAUCGGUGAAGCUACCGUUGCCACGCUCUGUGGCAUUAUUUUCGGGCCCCAUGCGGCCAACCUGUUUAACCCGCACGAGUGGGGAAAUAUCGACAAGAUCACACUCGAAUGCUCGCGAAUUGUCCUGGUCGUGCAAUGUUUUGCCGUCGGUGUCGAAUUGCCUAAGGCGUACAUGGAACGCCACUGGAAGUCCGUGUCAUUGCUGCUGAUCCCGGUCAUGACUUGGGGUUGGUUGAUCACGAGUCUAUUCAUUUGGUGGAUGGUUCCCCCGCUGAAUUGGCUAGAGAGUUUGAUUUGUGCCUCUUGCGUCACAGCUACCGAUCCUGUGUUGGCUUCGUCCGUCGUUGGUAAGGGAAAAUUCGCUAAGCGUGUCCCCAAGCAUUUGCGUGACUUGCUGUCUGCUGAAUCUGGGUGUAACGACGGCAUGGCUUUUCCAUUCAUCUACCUAUCUUUCUACAUCUAUCACUAUCGGCCUGCUGUUGGUGAGGUGUGGCUCAACUGGUUCUGUAUCACCGUUCUGUACGAGUGUAUCUUGGGUGCCAUCUUUGGUUUCGCCAUUGGUUACAUUGCGCGUCAUGCUAUCAAAUGGGCCGAGAACAAGGGAUUGAUUGAUCGGGAGAGUUUCCUGGUGUUCUACUUCGUGCUCGCUGUCUUCUGUGCUGGCUCUGGUAGCUUACUGGGCAUGGAUGACCUGCUGAUCGGAUUCUCUUGCGGUGUGGGAUUCAGUAAUGAUGGUUGGUUCACAGAGAAGACUGAGGAGUCUCAUGUUUCCAACGUUAUCGAUCUUCUGCUCAACUUGGCAUACUUUGUCUACUUCGGAUCCAUCAUCCCCUGGGAAGACUUCAAUUCCCCUGCUCUUGGUCUUACUCCCUGGAGGCUAGUGGUGAUUGCAUUAUUGGUUAUCUUCUUCCGCCGCAUACCCAUCAUGUUAUUGCUCAAGCCCAUCAUACCGGACGUCAAGACUUGGCGAGAAGCUCUGUUCGCCGGACACUUUGGUCCUAUCGGUGUCGGUGCCAUUUUCGCCGCCAUCCUUGCCCGAGCGGAACUGGAAAACGACAAUACACAGCCGGACCCCGAGAACGAAUUACCCAUGCCAGGAAGCAGCAAUUACUACAUCGUGCGGCUCAUCUGGCCUAUCACUACUUUCAUGGUCAUCUCGUCUAUCCUGGUGCAUGGUUCUUCAAUUGCAGUCUUCACCCUGGGAAAACGCAUCAACACCUUGACUAUUACGCUCUCCUAUACCCAGGCCAAUGAAGACGGACCUUCAUGGAUGAAUCGUCUGCCCCGUGUGCAAUCCAUUGCAAAGGGAUCCAUGUCCUUCCGCAAGACCGAGGACACCGAUGCUUCGUCUGAGGAAAGGUUGCCCGAAUAUCCUCCUGGUACUCUUCCACCUAUCGGCAUGCCUGGCAACUUCCUCCGCCGGCAGCGCGAUGAAGAGGACGAAAAUGAGGCUCAGAACCUCGAGUCAUCUCGUCGCAAGGCCCUGCGCAGACGCCGCCGCAAGCGUGAUUCUGGAGCUGGUGGCCCCAUUAGUGACUCCGCUAUUAUGCCCGCUCCUCGCCUCAAGGAAAAUGAGAUUGAAACCGAGGAAGAAAAGAAAGAAUUAGAAGAGCGCGACCAGGUUGAGCGCGGCGCUUCUCCACCCAAUGCAGAACGCGAUCGCUUUGGUCGUGAGCCAGAGCUAGAGGUUUACCAAGAAGGUCACCACAUGAUCAUCGAGGAUGAAGAAGGCAAUGUUCUCAAGACCGAGGAUACCUCCCAUCUUUCUCCGGAAGAAAAGAUCGCGCAUAUCGAAGAACAACGCAGACGUCUGGAAAAUGACAAAACAGGCGAACUAGCUAAAUCCGCGAGUAGUCCACACGAAAAGGAUGAGGGAGAGGAGAUCAAGCAUGCCGUUGAGGAGAAAGCUGGUACUUCAUACGGCAAAGCUAUGAAGAAGUGGACCAACUGGGCCGGGCGUGGAAAGGAGAAGGCCACUGAACAGCCCGAAAAGAAAACAGAGAAGCCCGCAAAGACUGAAAAACCCCCCAAGGCCGAUUCGGCGAAGCCCAAGCCUCGCUCGGCCCAUGCUUACCAAUUCGGCAAUACUAUUAUUGUUGAGGAUGAGGAUGGUGAGGUGAUCAAGAAGUACACCCUCCCCGGUGGCAAGAAGGGCGAGAAGGCCGAAAAGGCCCAAAGCCAGCCCGCUGGUCCCGGUGAAGCACCAGUCCGACGUGGUUUGACUCGCAUGGGAACCUGGUUCGGUAUGGAAGAAGAAGGCGAAACAUCCCAGGCUGCCCAAGAGAAGAAGAAAAAGAAGAACGACGGUGACUGGACAGCCGACGACGGCCUGCGAUUCACAUUGGCUCAAGACCCCGAAGUCAGCUCCCACGGCAUCGGACACAAGGGUAGACGCAUGAACAAGCAGGAAUUCUUCCAGCAGAUCAAGGGCCUAGACGCCAAGGGUCGUCGAGAUGUUGUACAGCAAACGGAUGCUCCAGCGCCAGUUCAAAAAAUGGCUCAACAGGAAGCCAAGCAGGAAGAGAAGGUCGAAGAGAAACAAGAACGACGUCUUUCUGCCGCUGCUGUCGCAGCUACUACUGGCACCAUUCCCGAAGAGGACAUUGAAGCUCUGGAUUCCGAGUCUUUCACUGACAGUGAAGCCAGCGAGGAAGAGUCCGGCCGCCAGGGUGCUCCCAAUGUCGCCGCAUCACUUGCCAAGUUCUCCGGCAAUAGUACCGCCGCCCAGGAGCGUCGCAACAACCACAGCCCUGCGCCCCCUCGCACCCGGGACCGCCCCCGCCGCGACUCUGACGACGAUGGCACAGAGCGUAUUCCGCCUUCGCGUCUCCGCAAAGCUGCCGGUCUGACCGCGCCCCCGCGCCAAAUCGACGAUGACACUGGCGAGACACCGGCUGAGCGUGGCCGCCGUCUGGCAGCUUUGGGUGUGGACGGCGAUGACUCCGAUAACGCUGUUUCCGACUCAGAUGACAAUGAUGCUAUCGUCGACGAGUCCGAGGUCGAGGAGACCGGCGAGCCCAACCAGCUCGCAAGUAGCAAGAACCAGGUCGGCGAAGAGCAAAAGCCCUCUGACCAGUCCUCUCCUUCUGGUUCCGGCUCAGGUUCCGGCUCACAGUCUGUCUCGCGCCACAUCCCCCGCGUUUCCUGGGGAGGCGAGAAGGGACGUGAACUUUGA